AUGGUUAACUUAUCAGGCGUUUUAAUUGGCAUACAAAGAGAAAUAGAGGAUGUCAAAAAUCUUGUUACACUCGUUAUUGUUGUUAUUGCUGGUCUUGUUUUGUUAUUUGGUUCUGCACUUUUAAUCAUUUAUUUUCAAUCAAUUAUAAAUUUUGUAAUUGCAAUGUAUCUAUGGUUGAAUCUUAUUGGUUUAUGUGUGGUUUUUGUUGGAAUAAUUGGUUUUAUCGGAAUGGUUUUAAUCAAAAUUGUUAAAGGAAUUGUUAGAGCUGUUAAAAACUUGUUUCAUAAAUUAAUUGAAUUAUUAAGAGGCAGCGGUUAA